GCCGGAGUUGCACACAAGCAGAGUGUUGAUGUGUAACACAGAAGUAGCGGGCUGCCCUGAAAAACCUGCCUUUAAUCUACUUGAACAAUAUAGAAGAUUUCAUAGGGGGAAAACCGCAGUGUCUUUUAGUUUGUCUUUAACUAUGGAUUUGCGUUCUCUGUGAGGAUAUUGAUAGUGGUUGUGGAAACUUGGAGGAGAACAGUAACAUCUCUCUGCUCCUGAAACGAUACAGUAAACAACCAGGUGCUCCCGAAUAACCAGAAGAGAACUACCAGGGAGCUGAGCACUCUUUUGUGUCUUUGAACAGGCAUCAUGUCAGGAAAUCUGAGGAUGGAUGAGAAUACUUACAUGAUAGACAAUGAGAUCAUUCUGGGGGAUUACAGCAUGUUGCCACACAUGAACAUGAACAUUAAAGCAGAGCCCUUCCUGGAGACAGUGCAUGGGCCCUAUCUGCAGAUUAUUGAGGAACCCAAACAGAGAGGGUUCCGGUUCCGUUACGAAUGUGAGGGCCCCUCUCAUGGAGGGCUGCCAGGGGCGUCCAGUGAAAAAAACAAGAAGACAUAUCCCACUGUCAAGGUGUGUAACUAUGUAGGCUACGCAAGAGUGGAAGUUCAACUGGUAACACACACUGACCCACCCCGGGUACACGCCCACAGCCUUGUGGGCAAACAGUGCAACGAGAACGGAGUGUGCAGCAUCACAGUGGGCCCGAAUGACCUCACUGCACAGUUCAACAACUUGGGGAUCCUGCAUGUAACCAAGAGGGGAGUGAUGGAUGUCCUGACCAAGCGGCUGAGAGAGGAGAGGAAGAAGUUGCGAAGUUGCCAUUUCACUGAUGCUGAAGAGCAGGAGAUUGUUAAUGAGGCUAAAGAGCUGAGCAAGGUGAUGGAUCUCAACGUGGUGAGGCUAAAGUUCACUGCCUAUAUCCAAGACAGUGACGGAGCAUACACCCGUGCCCUGAAGCCAGCCAUCUCCAAUCCCAUCUACGACAGCAAGUCCCCCAAUGCAUCCAACCUGAAGAUCUCUCGCAUGGACAAGACCUGCGGCUCAGUGUUGGGGGGAGAUGAGAUCUUUCUGCUCUGUGACAAAGUUCAGAAAGAUGACAUUGACAUUCGGUUCUAUGAGGAUGAGGAUGGGGGCUGGGAGGCCUUUGGAGACUUUGCUCCCACUGACGUCCAUAAGCAGUACGCCAUUGUGUUCAAGACGCCUCAGUACCACAGCACAGAGAUCGACCGGCCCGUCACCGUGUUCCUGCAGCUGAAGCGAAGAAAGGGGGGUGACUGCAGCGAGCCCAAGCAGUUCACAUAUGUGCCCCAGGUCCAAGACAAGGAGGAGGUGCAACGCAAGAAGCAGAAGCCCCUGCCCCACUACCAUGACCACUGGCGUGGUCCAGCCAUGGGAGGCUCAGGAGGCCCAGGGAGAGGGCCUGGGGGCUUCGGGCCAGGAGGAGCCGGAGGUGGGGGAGACUCCUAUUUCCCUUUCCCUCAGGCUAUGGAUGGAAGCUUCCUUGGCCAAUUUGGGGGGUUCCAGGGGGGCUCCCAGAUGGCCGGUUUAGCACAACCCCAAGAUAACAGUGGAAACCAGCAAAAUGGGGCACCACAUGGGGGCCCCUCCUUACAGCAACAGCUCCUACAGCUUGCUGCCCUGCUUCAGUCCAGAGCCACACAGAUGGCCAGGCGAACAGCAGGGGCCUUGCUCGACUACUCCAGCACGGGGGAUGUGCGCAUGCUGCUGGCAGUGCAGAGACAGCUAUGUGCAGUGCAGGACGAGAAUGGAGACACACCCCUACACCUGGCCAUCAUCCACCAACAGUCCGCUGUGGUAGAACAGCUGGUCCAGGUUAUCAUCAGUAUCCCUGAGCAGAAGAUCCUCAACAUCUGCAACCACCUGCUCCAGACUCCCCUGCACCUGGCGGUGAUUACCAAGCAGCACAAGGUCGUGGACUUCCUGUUGAAGGCCGGGGCUGACCCCUCCCACUUGGACCGCUAUGGAAAGUCUGUUUUGCACCUGGCUGCACCUAUGGGUGAUGAGACCAUGCUCCGCAUCUUGCUGGGACACCUGGGGGAACGCCAUGCUAACCUGCUCAACACCUCUGAUUACAGUGGCCUUUACCCAGUUCACCUAGCUGUGAGGCGGGGGGGAGACCGCUGUCUGCGGAUGCUGGUUGAGGCAGGAGCAAACGUCAAUGUGGCCGAGCGCAAGAGUGGCUGCACUGCACUGCACCUUGCUGUACAGCAAGACCUGCUGGGAAUAGCCUGCACACUUGUCACAGAGCUGAAGGCGGAAGUGAACCUGAGCACAUUUGGAGGAAACACCCCUCUUCACCUGGCUGCCAGUCAGGGCUCCCCAGUGCUCUGCUCCAUGCUGAUCGCUGCGGGCGCUGAAAAGCGUGUGGAGAAUGAUGAGCCACUCUUCUUCAGCUCUUCCUCUUCUUCUGAUGAUGACGAUGAUGAGGAGGGGAGAAGCACGACCAGCAGGCUGCCUAGGGGAGAGAAUAGACUAUCUCCAGCAGACAGUGGCACAACUGUUGCCCCAGACCCACAGCCGUGCAGAGUGACUUCUAACCCACGCAAGAGACCUGCCCGGGGUCACACCCCCUAUGAUCUGGCCAAGUGUCAGAGGGUCCGGGAUGUCCUGGAGAGCAAGCCACGACCCAGCACCAGCAAGGACACAACCCUGAGCCCGCAGGCAGAAGAGGAAGGGAAGAUGGAUGGGGAGACACUCAACAAGCUGUGUGGGAUCCUCAGAAAAGUGGACGUCCAGUGGAAACAGCUGGCAGAGAAAUUAGGCAUGCUUAUGCUGGCCGACCUUUACAAGGAGUGCCCGUCACCCUGCAGGAGCCUGCUGGAGGGCUACCAGCUGGGAGGAGGUCGAGUGGAAGGGCUGGUGGAAGCACUGGAGGCUAUGGGGCUGAAUGAAGGAGUGAGGCUGCUGAGACAGACAGAACUGAAGAACAAGACACCAAGCACAGAAGUCAAGGUUGACAGUGGAUUCUGCAGCCAUCCCACAGAAGAGCUGCAGGAAGAGCACAUGGAGGAGUCUGUCUUGGCCAACUCCUGAUCCAAUUGACAUAGCAAGAGGAUGGCUGCCCGAGCUCCUGCAACAACUAAAACAUCAGACACCAGCUAAGCCACCUCACUUGAGAGGGGUCCUGCAGCAGGUUUCUUAUUGACUGUGAGCUCACUGUUCAGAUCCUUGGGUCAGCACAUGCCACCCUGCGGUGCCACAGAGACCAUCACAGUCUUGGGGUGUUCAGUUGCUGUAACCUUAAAAAUAUCUCUCACUUACCUACAGAACAGACUCUUUCAGUGGAAAAUGGACACCAUGAGCAAAGUUUGGAGUUGUAAAUAACCAGUACUGUUUCUCUGAGUUAAUGGCUGGCAAAUCAUUGACUUCAGGCCUUGCAGGCCACCACAGGAGGGAGAAGGUGGAUUCAGUGUCACCUCCUGAUGUGUGUGGACUUGGAAAACUUCCGGAGCUUUUAUCCUUUUGCUUCUGACAUGGAAGGUGGAGAGUGGAAAACACUGCCAUAUAAAGACAAGCAUUUUAUUGAUAUAAUUAAUAAAACCUCAUCCAGUGUGAAAAGGCA